AUGGGAGAAAGUGUCCGUGUCGAGAAUAAGGGCAAAAAUGAGAAUAAAGAGAAGGACUUUCGCCAACGCGACAUUGACGAUCUUGCGGAGGUGUUGGAAAACGGAAGUUUCCGCCAAUUGUUCUCCUGUAUAGUUGCGAAGCACAUUGGAGAAACUGAUCCACUCAAUGGGUUGGAAGAUGACCCAGCUGGCAGUUAUUGGAAGAUAAUUGAGCCACCACCCCCACGUCUCCCCAGACGUCGUUGUCUCUUCGUGUACGAACACGUAUGCACACCGCUCAACGACAUUCCCUCUCUUGGGGAAGCUGUCGACAUACUCAGACUGGUCCUAAUACCACUACGUUUGAUGUUCUGUGCGGGUUGGGUGCAUCGCGAUAUCAGUCCCGGCAAUAUCCUGGCAUAUCGUGAAUCACCGGGCUCGCCUUGGACUGUCAAGCUCUCCGAUCUAGAGCAUGCAAAACGUUUCCCUGAUCCUGCAUCGACUGGUGCGGCGGAUAGCAUCAUUGGAACGCCCUAUUUCAUCGCCUAUGAAAUCUCCGGAAGGAAGCACGUUUACCCCAUGUUUCAGGAGUACGAGCGUGACGCGUCCCACCCUGUCAAACCUGUCCCGGUCGUUCAUUGCUACCAACACGAUUUGGAGUCAAUCUGGUGGAUCCUCAUUUGGCUGAUUACCAUGCGCAUCAACCAAAAGCUUCCAUGGAGAUUUGGGGCAAAACAUUUCACGGAUAAAGUCGGUUAUGGGCAUGCCAGCCGACGCGGUGCGCUGCUAACGCAAGGUCUUGCCUACGACAUUGACAUCCACCACUCCCUCCCUCCGGUACUCCAACGCUCUCCGUUCCUCAUAGGCCUGGACCGACUGCGACGCCAUCUGUAUAUCGGAUACAGCACACGAAGCUGGGAGGCCAAAUGGACCGACGUCUCCUCGUACUCGUUAAUUGCGAGUGAGGGAAUGAAUAGUUUCUUUGAUGAGGUUAAGGCGAGUAGGGCGGAAUGGGAAGACAUUGAGCUUAUUGUCAACUCGGAACCCCGCCCGCCUACAGCUCACGCUUCGGGUGCCAACAAGCAACACGGCAAGCCGGUGUCCAAUAAGCGUGAAGCUGGGGACCUGGGUGGGGAAGGAAGAGUGCGCAAGAGGGCGAGACCGAACUCGACGCCAGCUCCUGCUAUCGUUUCUGGCAGGACAGGACCCAUUACACGGUCGAUGGCUAGGAAUGAGGGUCGAAUUACGAGGUCUAUGACCCGUCGCCUUCAAGAAGAGGAAAGGCAGAAGAAACGUCGCUAA